AUGUCGAACAACAUCAAAGGAUCGAUCACAAGGAAGAUGAAACUAAACGUGGCAACCGUGGCAGAGAUCACAAAAAUCAUAUCGAUGCGGGCCUCUCAGGAGGGGGACAUUGGUUUCAUGAGAGCAAGAUUUGCUGAUAUGCAGAGCGAGAUAAACGGGCUCAGGGAGGAAAACCAGCGUCUAAAGCUCCAAAUGGAGGAAAUUCAAAGUGGACUUAAUAUAAGAACGAGCCCAACCGGAAACCUUGAUCUCGGGCGUGGAGCCACUCCAGUACGAAUGGAGAUCUCGCCGAACCCUCCCCUGGGACUGGGCUCCAUCAUUAGUGGGGCAGUUGCCAAAGCAAUAUGGACGCAGCUUCCUGGACGUGGAACUGAUGGUGAGAGGAAACACGAGAGACCAAGGGACCCUCUUGAAAGAGAACGCCCCCGUGGUGAGGAGGGCUGGGGCUCGUCAUCGGCUAUCAUGGACUCACAAGCAGUAGAGACGGAGGACUACAGUCCCCUGCCACAGAGAAAAGGAGCAACAAGACGACAAAGAAGGAGAGAGCGAAGGAUCCGCAGGAGAAUGAUGGGUGACCCAACCGGGGAUAUGGCGGACGUAAUAAACAGACCUGGAUACUCGGAGGACUACCUCCCUUUGCCUGAGGUAGAGAGGGGGGAUAAGCAGCCACGGCCGGUCCGCGAAGGUACACGUUUCCUUCAACGAGAAGAGAGGGCACACGAGGGAAUACAGAGAUUCCGAGGGAAAAUAACAUUGCCGGCCGCAGAUAGCCUGGCAAAAAAGCUGCGAGAAGCAUUUAAGGACACAAAUAUUCAAAUAAGAAGGCCCACCCUAAGAGGAGAAUUAAGACUGGCGGGAUUACAUGCGUCAGUAACUACGGAGGAGCUGAUUGAGACGUUGGCUAAAGAGGGUGGCUGCAAUGUGGCGAAUGUCCGCUUAGGCUCAUUCCGGCUAGCGAGAAGUGGCCUAAGGACGGUCUGGCUACAGUGUCCCUUGGAUACGGCGACCAGACUAGCAGAAACUGGGAGACUCCGGGUGGGCUGGUCCACCGCUCUCGUGACGCUGCUGAAGAGGAGACCUAUGCAAUGCUUCAGGUGCUUUGCGACGUGUCACGUGAGGGACAGCUAUCCGAGCGAAGUAGACAGAACGGACAAAUGUUUUAAUUGCUGCGAGGCGGGCCACACCAUGAGGGAUUGCGGAAGACCCCCAUGCUGCCCUAUAUGCAGGGAAAAGAGCCUAAAUUAUAACCACAGGGCAGGCUCAGAGGUUUGCCCACCGUGCCCGCCGAGGAGAGACCUUUGCAGAAGCCCGAGGCGCGGAGAGACCCAGGCCAAUCGGAACAACGUGGCCGAAGAACGGACGAUCCAGUGGGGCACAGGAUCCGUUGAUGCAAACUAUGCGGGAGCGGGAAUGUGGAUUAGCUUGCAUAUCGGAGCCGUAUCGGUGCCAAAAAAUCCCGGAUGGGCUCGCUCCAGGGAGCAGACUCCCAUGGCAGCUAUGCUGUGGUCCGAAGACGGAUUGAUGGACGCCACCUCGACUCUAAAGAUGAGCGACGGAUACGUGAUGGCUUCCUGGGGGAAGCUUAUCGUGGUAUUAUGUUACUUCUCGCCCAACAAAAGCAUCAAUCAAUUUAGAGCAUAUCUGGCGGAGGUGGGUAACUACCUGAACCACCCACUUCUAAUACUGGGAGAUUUUAAUGCCCGCUCGAAUAUCUGGGAUGAUACCCACCCGACCGUGAGGGGAGAUACGAUCACGACGUGGGCCUCUACUUUGGACUUCCGGUUGCUGAAUAACAACAACGAACCGACAUGUGUCAGGCCGCAGGGCAAAUCGGUAAUCGAUUUGUCCUGGGCGUCUCCGGCGGCCCUUCGGCUGAUUGACUCCUGGGAGGUGGCCACUGAGGAGGAAAUUCUAUCAGAUCACAAAUACAUUUAUCUGAACUUGAAGCGGGAACAACAAUGGCAGAAUGGGGACCUCAUGCGGAUAAGACAUCUGAAAUGGAACCGGAAGAGCCUAAAUCCAGACUUGCUUCGGGCUGGAGUUGGCACAUUCCUCUGGCCCAAGCAAGGCGACAACAGCGACAACCUCAGUGCUGAGGAGCGGGCGAGACAACUGCAAACCAUGAUGACUGAAGCAUCGGACUUAGCUAUGAAGCGGCAGAGACCUGGCCCGAAAAGAGCUGUCUACUGGUGGAGCAGUGAUAUAGCGGAUCUCAGGAAGAAGUGCAUUUCCCUUAGAAGGCGGGUGAUCAGAGUCCACAGGAGAAAUGGAGGUGCGGCUCCAGAGCUGGAGGUAGGGCUAUUACAGGCUCGCAAAGCUCUGAGAACUGCCAUAAAAACGGCAAAAAAUACGGCCUGGAAUGAGCUUCUGUCCACGAUUAAUCGGGACCCAUGGGGUUGCCCUUAUAAAUUAGUAAUGGACAAACUGAGACCGGCCGCCAGGCCUGUAUGUGAAACGCUUCCACUUAACAAUAUCCGGGAAAUAGUGGCGCGCUUGUUUCCCCACAGAGAGGAAGAGCUCUUGGAGAAACCAAGGCAGUAUGCACAACCGGGCACAACGGCGAUUGAGGUUAGGAAAGCCACAGUACCGAUUUUAUCGCGAUGCAACCUUCAUACUCUGGGCGGCUGUCGGGCUUGGGAUGGUGAUAGGCAGGCACUUGCGAGCGUCAUCGGCAAGGAUAUGUCGCUGGGCGCGGUCAUGGCGGCUAUAUUAAGAACACGAGAAAACUGGAUAGCAUUCGGUAAAUUCAGCGAAAACGUUAUGCUGCGCAAAGAAGAAGCUGAAAGAGCAAGACAGGCGGAAGCACAUGGAGCGGGUAAUCAGAUGGUAUAUUCAGAGGAGGAGGAUGAGUAA